CUCUCUCUCUCUUCAUUUGAGUGAUUUUUCUUCUGUCUGUACAAAAAUCUGCUUCUGAAACGUGAAAGUUUCCAUUUUUGUGAUCAAUGCCUCUCCCUAUUUGACAUAUUUAUACACACGCAAACCCCUUCACCGAUCGCACCGUUUGAAUUCCUGUCUGCCCCUAUCUUCGAUUUUCGUUUUGCUUCCGCAUAAUUUUAUUUAAAAAAGAAACUUUCUUGAUUUUAUUUCGCGCUGUUGUUGUUCAAACAGUAAAUAAGGACUAAUCCCACUUUUGGGAUUAUGCAUUAAGCGCGAAAUCUGAGACCAACAAAGUCCAAACCCUAACUAUCUGUCUCUAUUCAAUCGUCCGAUUUGCCCGCCCCCCAAAUCCGCCACGCCGCCUCCCCCGGUCCGACGCGCCUCCGGCAUCCUCCCCCCGGUCCGACGCUCCCCCGGCCGCCCCAUCCCUGAAUCCGCGUCUGCUGCCUCCCGUCUAAUCUCGCCCGCCCCUGAAUCCCAGUCCGCCACGCCGCCUCCCCCUGUCUGCCGCGCCCGGCGUCUCCUUCCUCGGCGCCUCCUAGUAAGGUUUGUGUCUGUGUGCAGGUUUAACUUUCAAGUAAUAUUCAUGAAUGAGAAUGGAGUAGUGGAUUUUGUUUAAUUAAUAUGCUUAUAUUUUCUCGAAAAUGGUUUUGUUUGAUUAGUAAAGGUUCACUGUAUUAGGUUUCUGAGCAAGAAAGCCAUACACAAUUUAAAUAGCAACAUCACCAUCGGGACAUUGAAAAGAAAGAACAUUGACAUUCUAUGUUCUUUAAGAAUGAUUUACAUUUACAUCUUAUAUUCUUUCGAAAAUAAUUUGCUGUUGAGUCACUGGAGUUGUAUAUUCAUGAUUAGUUGUGACUAGGCACUUAAAAAAAAAAGCUACUAAAAAUUUGAGGGAGAGAGUGAGAGAGCGCGAAUGAGCUCCCUGUUCUUGCAAACACUCGAGAGGAAAUAAGGACUAAACCCACUUUUGGGAUUAUGCAUUAAGCGCGAAAUCUGAGGUUUGAAGUUGCGAUCAUGGAAGGCCGCAGGAGGCAUAAUAAGUGGGAUAAUUAUAAGAGACCACAUCAUAAAAGGCCCCCCAAGGGAAAUUGCAGUUGGCAGCCUACUGUGCCUUCAUGGGAGAAAGAAUUCUGCAGAGUGAUUGGCUCGAUGGACUGGGAGACACUACUGCAGAUGAAGAAGUUUACACACCUCUAUGAAAACGUGGUAAAGUGGGACGACUCUGCAGGUGAAGAAGCGUUCUCCAAUGCUAAGAAACGUUUCUGGGCUGAAAUCAAUGGUUUUCCCUGUCACGUAUCACUGCCCGAUCCGGAUCUCUACAUCGACAAUGUUGAUUGGGAUUCAGAAACCGAUCCUGACCUGCCACCUGAUCUUGAGUCCGAGCCUUUGAAUUCUAAUGCAGACGAAGACCAUGACCCCGUUGUGAUUUUUGGCGAUUCCCUCUUCCCAAACCAGGCCUACUCAGUCGUAGGUUGGGGCGAUGAUGAUGAAAACUUCAAAGUCCCAACUAAUUCAUCCUCAGGUAACCAUGGCCCCCCUUUGAUGCAAAACUGGGGCUAUUCGUUCGAUAACGGGGCUGCAAUUGGAUGGCCGAGUUAUUACAACAACGCUUGGCACUUGGGUGACGUGAAUCCACCAUCUGGAUACACGACGUGGGGAGGCAGCUGGAACAACGACUGGGGUUGGAACUACUCCAAUAAUAACGUGAUUUACGAAACAAUGGACAACCAAGAACAGGGACAAUGGAACGAGAGGAACGCUGCCAAGACCAAUGCUGGUAGAAACACGCCAUCUGAGAAGACAGCGCCUAGAGUUGAAGGGAACGAGAGCUACAAGAAUCACCCGAAACAAUCUUCUGUGGACAAAAGGUCGAAUUCAAGGGAGUGGAAUUCUUUCAGCUCUUGUGCACCUGCCAGUCAUCACGCUGCAAUAACAGUUGAACAGACAUGGAACCAGCAGAAGUCCAUUCGAUGAGAGCAGACAACGAGGCCUCACUGGUUCAUUAUAUUCGAUUCUGUUUGUGCUGUCAACCAUGAACGUUGGAGGUCGAGUUUAGCUAAAGGGUAAAAUGAACAUGGAGCUGCUCUCCCAGAAUUUUGAGUAUAGUUUUCCUCAUUUGGGGGCUUGUAUCAUAAGCUGCCACCAAAUCUUUUUUCGCCUCUUCCCCGUGUUCAACUUCAUCGAGAUGUUCGUCUUUUCUUGGUACAGGUACCGUCUGUAUAGGUGUAUAUCCUCAUCUUAUUCCCUAUUGUAAUUUACUGCAAAUGUGAGCUCCUUUUUCCCCCUUUUGAAUGUGGUGUUAGUGUACCGAUGAGUUGUAGAUUAGAAGAAGUGAGAGGUUCGGAUAAAUUCCAAGUUCUUUGUGCUAGUUGUAUUUGUUUUUGUCAAUGUUUUGGCAAUAUAUACAUAUUUUUCUUGAUUCUUA